AUGGUGGCUGAGCAUGGAAACUCCGCAAGAGGUUUGAAGAGGCAUCUGCAGGGACUCGUGGGUAUUCCACGAUUCAGGCAGCGUUUGCUGCAGGAGGCCCGGGUGGUGGAAGAUACCGAACAGCUGGCACUUCCCAUGUCCCUGCAGCUGGUGAUCCUGCCCUUCGUGCAACUUCAGGACAACGAAUGCAACGAUGUGGCACUGGCCCUGGCGCAACAGGACCAGGACGAGCUGGAACUGCUCCUUCAGAGGCCAGUGGAUCCCAACACCCAUGCCAAGGACGGCACAUCGCCCUUGCACCGUGCCAUGGACGGCCGCUAUUGGGAGACCGUGCGCCUGUUGGUGGAGGCCGGGGUGGAUGUGGACGAGACGUGCAGGAGUACUGGGCUGACCCCUUUGGGCAAGGCAUUCUACGAGCGACAUCUGGACAUGGCCCGCUUUCUGCUGGACAGCCGCGCCCAGGUGGACAAGGCGCGGACGAAGGAUGGCUCUACCCCUUUGCUGCUAGUAUCCGAGUGCGGCUACCGUGAUAGCGUGCAGUUGUUGGUGGCCAGCAGGGCGGCGUUAGAUGCGACCCGGGCUCGGGACGGCUCCACUCCACUGCUCCGUGCCACCGAACGGGGGCAUGUGAAGGUUGUGGAGCUGCUGAUUGGAGCCCGCGCCAACCUCGACAUUGCGCGGACAGAUGAUGGGAAGACGCCUCUCAUUCGGGCCCUGGACUGCGAGAACUCUGAGAUUAUACGGCUUCUGAUCGAAGCCAGGUCAGAUUUAGAGAAGGAGAGUGCGAAAAACGGGACAACGCCGCUGCUGCGAGCAUGUGAACGGGGCCGUGCGAAUCUGGUUCGACGGCUGCUGGAUGCGAGAGCCGAGGCAGACCGAUGCCACGGCAAGACGGGUUGGACGCCUCUGCAAACCUGUGUCACUCAUCGACAGGUCGAUAUUGCACGCAUGUUGCUUGAGGCUCGCGCCGACCUGAACAAAGAAAGCACGACGGAUGGUCGAACGCCUCUCCUUCGUGCAGUGGAGCAUGGCAUUCCUGAUAUGGUGCAGUUUCUGGUAGAAGCCAAAGCAGAUCCGCAAAAGGCACACGAUGGUCGGGCACCACUCUUCCGCGCCUCGGCGCGGGGUGACUUGACGAUGGUAAGACAGCUGGUCCUGGGCCGUGCAGACCUGGAUGCCGUGGCUGCAGGCACCACACCUCUCUUAGAAGCAGUGGAGAGUGGCCACCCUCGGACUGUGCAGUUUCUGAUCGAUUCCCGAGCUGAUUUGGAGAAGCCCGGACACGAUGACACAGCGCCGCUUCUCCGCGCAUGCGAACUGCGAAAGUAUGCCUUAGUCUCCUUGCUGCUGGAGCAGAGGGCCGACGUCAACAAGAAGCGGGGAGCGGAUGGCGAAACGGCCACGAGCAGAGCUCGUCUGGCAUGUGGCUACUCUGAAAUCGUACGUGCGCUGGCAGAGGUCCAGGCACAUGCGAAGGGAGCCUGCUAG